UGUGCUCUGCUCCCUCACGCCGGGGCCGGGCCGCCUCCUUCCUCUCUCUCGCUUCCUCCUUUCCGCCCCCGAGUGCGGCGGCACCGCCUCCUUGCACGCCGCGCGGCUUCCUUCAGACCUCCCUGUGAGGGUGAGCCCUAUUCUGGAAGCAGCUGAUGCUGACCUUUUAACCCAAAGGAGGAAAUAACUGUUAAGCUGAGCCUUGAUACAGGUAGUCAACAUGUCCUUGAAGAUCCAGACAAGCAAUGUAACCAACAAAAAUGACCCCAAGUCCAUCAACUCUCGUGUCUUCAUUGGAAACCUCAACACAACUGUGGUGAAGAAGUCAGAUGUGGAGACCAUCUUCUCUAAGUAUGGUCGUGUAGCCGGCUGCUCUGUGCACAAGGGCUAUGCCUUUGUUCAGUAUGCCAACGAGCGCCAUGCCCGGGCAGCUGUGCUGGGAGAGAAUGGGCGAGUGCUAGCUGGGCAAACCUUGGAUAUCAACAUGGCUGGAGAGCCCAAGCCCAACAGACCCAAGGGGCUAAAGAGAGCAGCAUCUGCUAUAUACAGUGGCUACAGCUUUGACUAUGAUUACUACCGGGACGACUUCUACGACAGGCUCUUCGACUACCGGGGCCGCCUGUCACCGGUGCCAGUGCCCAGGGUGGUCCCUGUGAAGCGACCCCGGGUCACAGUCCCUUUGGUCCGGCGUGUCAAAACUACCAUACCUGUCAAGCUCUUUGCCCGCUCCACAGCCAUCACCACCGGCUCAGCCAAGAUCAAGUUAAAGAGCAGUGAGCUGCAGGCCAUUAAGACAGAGCUGACGCAGAUCAAGUCCAACAUCGACGCCCUGCUGGGCCGCUUGGAGCAGAUCGCUGAGGAGCAAAAGGCCAACCCAGGUCAGCCUCUGAGGGUCCUCACUCCCCAUGUUCAGGGCUCAGGGCAGAGCAGUAGGGGUGGCAGCGGUGGUGGCAGUGGUGGUGGCAGCAACAGUGGUGGCAGUGGCAUUGUCAGUGGCAAUAGUGACAGCAGCAGCCGGCCAGCAGCUCCCAAAGAGGACACGACUUCUGAGGCAGGCACACCACAGGCAGCAGAAGCACAGGCCCGAGACGACGGCGAUGAGGAGGGUUUGCUGACACAUAGCGAGGAAGAGCUGGAACACAGCCAGGACACAGAUGCAGAAGAUGGGGCCUUGCAGUAAGCAGCCUGACAGGAGCAAUGGCCACCAGCAGGAGAAGGGCAUCGUUACCCCAGGCCUCAAGCCAGGUGCCACACCACUGGAUGCCACCCCCCAGCGGGUACCAGAGGAGAGCUGGCAGCAGGCACCUCCUAUCCCAACUCAUCCCUACCAGUGUCACAUCCUCUGCAGGUGGAGUUACUGGCCUACCCCUUCGCCAUGCACCCUGCCUACCUGCACUGCCCAGGCCAGAGCACAGGGGUUUCCUCACACUCUGCCUUCCCUUCCAAAGGCCCUCCCAGGCUUGUGUUUUUUCUAUAGGUUUGAAGGGGGGCCUCAGGGUGGGGAGCCUGACAAUAAAGAGAUUGGAUCCCA